AUGCCUAGCAAACCUGUCGAGAAACCUUUUGAGACCAUGGCAGGAGAUAGGAGUAAAGGCCAUGCUAUCAAAAACCAUUUCAUUGCUGCUACUGGAGAGUUCGUCGGCACCUUCUUCUUCCUCUACUUUGCGUUCGCAGGUCAACUCAUGGCAUUUGACCAAGCGAGCGACAAGGGCCCGAAUGGAAGCAACAGUGCCUCAACGGUCGUCUAUAUCGCUCUGAGCUAUGGCAUGUCGCUUUUGGUCGCCGUAUGGAUCUUGUUCAGAAUUAGUGGAGGGCUUUUCAACCCAGCUUGA